AUGCAGGAAAUUGGUUCAUGGUAUUUUAAAUGUAUUUGCUGUCGAUGUUCACCUGUGUGUUUACUUCUAUCUCCAAUUGCUCUUCUUCUUCUUGGCACGGUCAUUGCUGCAAUACUUGUCGGCUUGACCUCAACACCUAAAUCAACAAGAACUUCAACAAUUACAACAGCAUCCACAUCAACAACAGCAACAGCACUAUGGUCGAACACUGGUAGUAUGAAUUAUGCUCGAUAUAGACACACAGCAUCUAUAUUAAUAAAUGGAAAAGUGUUAGUUACUGGUGGAUCGAACGCUGGUGUUUAUUUGAAUAGUGCUGAGUUAUAUGAUUCUUCAACAGGCAUGUGGGCAAUCACUGGUAGUAUGAAUGAUACCCGAGACAGUCAUCCAGCAACCGUAUUAACAAAUGGAAAAGUGUUAGUGAGUGGUGGAUAUAAAGGUAUUACUAGUUUGAAUAGUGCUGAAUUAUAUGAUCCAUCAACAGGAAUGUGGACAAUCACAGGUAGUAUGAAUUAUAGUCGAUAUUUUCAUACAGCAUCGGUUUUAACAAAUGGAAAAGUAUUAGUUGCUGCUGGAUUUAAUAGUGGUGGUUAUUUGAAUAGUGCUGAAUUAUAUGAUCCAUCAACAGGGAUGUGGGCAAUCACUGGUAACAUGAAUAAUGCACGAUAUUUGCAUUCAACAUCCAUAUUAACAAAUGGAAAAGUAUUAGUUACUGGUGGAUCCAGUAGUGGUGGUGGUUUGAAAAGUGCUGAGUUAUAUGAUCCAUCAACAGGAAUGUGGACAUUCACUGGUAACAUGAGUAACGCACGAUAUUUUCAUACAGCAUCCAUAUUAACAAAUGGAAACGUACUAGUGACUGGCGGAUCUAAUGGUAGUAGUAUUUUAAAUAGUGCUGAGUUAUAUGAUCCUUCAACAGGGAUGUGGACAGUUACUGGUAACAUGAAUAAUGUACGAUAUUUCCAUACAGCAUCCAUAUUAACAAAUGGAAAAGUGUUAGUAGCUGGCGGAUAUAUUGGUGGUGGUAUUAGUUUGACUAGUGCUGAGUUAUAUGAUCCUUCAACAGGGUUGUGGACAAUCACUGCUAAUAUGAAUUAUUCUCGAUAUAAUCACCCAGCAUGCGUAUUAACAAAUGGACAAGUGUUAGUUGCUGGUGGAGUUGGUAAUGGUGUAUAUCUAAGUAGAUCAGAGCUAUACAAACCAUAA